GGCCCCGCGCUAUCGCCGCCGUCCUCCUUCGUCUCGGCUUCUCCGGCACCGGUCGGCGGAGGGAUACGCCGGCGGCCUCCGAAGCACAUCCAACUGCGGAAUGUACGUCUCCUCGAGAGUCAGUAAUACUGGAAUUACUUGCUUCCAUUAUCGGUUCUUCACUUUAUCACUACCUGAACAAUCGGCUUAUCACUAUUGGGGACUUGUUAUUUUGCUGGGACAUCACUUUCUGAGAUCUAGUACACGCAGCUGUUGCCUGUUGGACAUCGACUGAAACCAAAUUCACUCAGGAACACAGCCAAGCAGAAUCAAGGCAAUGUGAACACCUAACACCAACUCAUAGGACCAGUGGGUCAGCACAAGGACUAGAGUACUCAACACUAGUCAUGAUUUCUCGCCCCCGUCCCGACCAUUCUCAUGAAUUCUUGUAGGUUCGAUUGUUAGUACAAUAUACAGUACAGCUAUGCGCAUCAUCGCUGUCUACAAUUACUCGGCCGUCCGUUGUUAGGUGUGCCCGAGCAUUCGCUUUCAUUGCAUCCUCAUCGUGUAAGCAUAUGUGUGGCCAGAAUCAUCCUCAUCCGCCUCCGCGCUGUUUUCUCUUCCAUUUCUCCUCUGAAGCUGGAAAGCAAGCACAUUAUUUGCUCCCUCCACUAUUGUCUUCCUAAACCUGCGCUCCUCUGUGUUCUUGCGAGACCUCACCUUGGCGUUCCAAUGGUGGAGCUCGUGGCCACCAUGGUGGUCGGGCCACUGCUGUCCAUCGUGAAGGACAAGAUGUCGAGCAGCCUCCUCGAUCAGUACAAUGUGAUGAAAGGCAUGGAGGAGCAACAUGAGAUCCUGAUGCGCAAACUGCCUGCCAUCCUGGACAUCAUCGCCGACGCCGAGCAGGCGGCUUCCCACAGAGAAGGGGCGGCGGCCUGGAUCCAGGCCAUCAAGAAGGUGGCUUACCAGGCCAAUGAAGUCUUCGAUGAGUUCAAGUACGAGGCGCUUCAUCGCAAGGCCAAAAAGGAUGGACACUACAAGGAGCUUGGCUUUGAUGUGGUAAACCUCUUUCCCACUCACAACCGUUUUGUAUUCCGUAACAGGAUGGGAAGAAAGCUCUGAAAGAUU